AUGCUUGGACUCUGGGAAGGUAGUCUACGGUCAUCCAGGAUGCUGGCUAUCCUUCUGGCUGUGGCUCCUUUAGUUUCGGGCCUCCGAACUACAACUGGCUCACCCUGUGCAGAUGUCUGUGGCACAAUAACCAACACCACAUCCUCUGAGAUUUCAUGUCUGGAUCAGGCGUAUAACACAACAUCCACCGGAAAGGAUUUCGAGAAAUGUAUAUCAUGCCAGUUGGAAAGCGAUUUCUACAUUUCCGCAACCGGAGAAUCGGAUGUUGACUGGGGACUGUAUAACUUGCGAUAUGCCUUUUCAACCUGUGUCUUUGGAUACCCAGACUCAAUCUCAAACACCUCUUCACCAUGUCCAGUGGCAUGUGACGGCGUUCGGCCAGCUGUUCGAACCGACAUUGAGGAUCCCAACAUCUCAAAUCUGCACUCCUGGUGCGACGAUGUCUCCUUCGCCGACAAUGUCGUGAACACAUGCGAGUUCUGCUACAACCUGACCACAACCCAGGUCUACAUGGCAAACUUCCUCGAAUCAAUCCGCUACAACUGCCACUUCAAAACAGCAACAGGCAAAACCUUCGACAUAGCCCCAUCCCGAAUCUUCACCCAAUCUCUCCUCCCCUCAAGUCUGUCCCUAACAACCCCAACAACAGGCGGCUCAAACGUGAACCUAGGCGUGGUCAUUGCCGUCCCAAUCGUAGGAUUCAUCAUCAUCCUCAUCGCUCUAGCAACAUGCUGCUUCUUCUUCAUCCGGCACCGCCGCAAGAAGACCCGGCGGACCCGCCAGUCGCCAGGCAUGUAUAACCAGUGGAAUGACCCGGGCAUUGUUUCCCCAUAUGGGGAUCACCAGCAGGGCUGGGCGCAUGCGAAUGCAAAUGCCGGGUACGGCUAUGGUCAUGGCAAUGGCUUUGGGUUUGUUGAUAAUGACGGGCGUGGACAGGAGCUUGCUUAUCAGGGGCACCAGCAGAAGGGUGGUUUCUCGCAGGGUGUUGUUGAACAGUCGCCUGAUGUGCAGUAUCAGCAGCAGGCAUUUGAGUCGCAUCAGAUCUAUCAGCAGCAGCAGUAUCAGCAGCAGCAGCAGCAGGCUCAGGUUCAGGCGCAUGACCCUGAUAAAAAGGUUCCGCAGCAGUGGGAGUAA